UGAGUGUCCGGCGGUGUAUGUGUGUGUGUGUAUGUCCUCUCUGUCAAGCAGUGGAUUAUGUGGAGGCGUCUGCACGAAUGCCAAGUUAACAUCUUCUUUUUCGGACUUUGAGUACUUUCCGGGCUCGCUUUUGGAAACUUAAUCUGAACUUUGUGAGAACAUGAAUAACAAGGAGGAAUCAAAAAGUUGUUCUGUCAGUGUCCUGACCUGGGAGCAGGUGAGCCGGCUGAAUGAAGUCCUGACGGAGGUUGUGCCUGUUCAUGGACGGGGGAACUUCCCUACCUUAGAGGUGCGGCUGAAAGACAUUGUGGCGUGGGUCCGCUCCCGCCUGGAGCUGAGUGGCAUCGGAGUAAAGGACAUACGGCUCAACGGCUCCACAGCCAGCCAUGUGCUGGUGCAGGAUAUCGGCUGGAGCUACAAGGAUCUGGACGUCAUCUUCAGGGUGGACCUGCCUCAUGAGGCAGAGUUCAGGCACAUUAAGGAUGUGGUGCUGAGUACCCUGCUGGACUUUCUGCCUGAGGGUGUGAACAAGGAGAAAAUUACACCCAUGACUCUCAAAGAGGCAUACGUCCAGAAGCUGGUCAAGGUCAACACAGAGCAGGACCGCUGGAGCCUCAUCUCCCUCUCCAACAAUAAUGGCCGCAAUGUGGAGCUGAAGUUUGUGGACUCGAUUCGCCGGCAGUUCGAGUUCAGUGUGGACUCCUUUCAGAUUGUGCUGGACUCCAUGCUUGCCUACUACGAGCUGGCACAGACGCCCAUGUCACAGGCCUUUCAUCCUACCGUGGGUGGGGAGAGCAUGUACGGGGACUUCAGCAUGGCACUCAGCCACCUGCGGAACAAGCUCAUCGCCACCAAGCGGCCCGAGGAGAUCCGAGGUGGCGGCCUGCUGAAAUACUGCAAUCUGCUGGUGCGGGACUUUCGACCCGCCAGCGAGGAGGAGUUCAAGGGCCUGGAGCGGUACAUGUGUUCACGCUUCUUCAUUGACUUCCCCGACAUCGGUGAGCAGCAGCGCAAGGUGGAGGCCUACCUCCAGAGCCACUUUAUAGGUGAGGAGAAGAGCAAGUACGACUACCUCAUGAUCCUGCGGCGAGUGGUCAACGAGAGCACGGUGUGCCUAAUGGGCCAUGAGCGGCGGCAGACCCUGCACCUCAUCUCUCUGAUGGCCUUCCGAGUGCUGGCAGAGCAGAACGCCAUCCCGGAUGCGUCCUGCGUCACCUGCUACUAUCAGCCAGCGCCAUACGUCCGAGACCACAACUUCAGCAACUACUAUGUGGCUAACCAGAACAUUCCAACAUGGCUGCCAUGUAACUGAAAAAAACAAACAAGUGGAAGGAUGUACAAGAGGGCACUGCUGCUGCUGCUUUUGAGAAGAGAGAAGGAAUAAUAAAAAAAAACUCACAAAAAAAUUUAUUAUAGAGGCAAUAAAUGCUAUGUUCCUCUCAAGGCACAAUUAUAUUUAAGUGGACAAGUGUUUUGCUUUGUUUUUUGCAAUCCUUUCUCAUUCCUUAUCUACAGAGGUGUCUAGGUCAUUGAAUAGAAAGUGAUAUUUUUAAGUGUUAUUUAGAUUUUUUUCUCAUCAUGUUUGGUUGUUUCCCUGUUUAUCAACCUAAUUCUUAAUGGAGUUGUGUUUUGUGCCUUAACCUCCAGGUUUAUCCCCCAAUCAUUUAAGUAUGGGCUGUUUUUUGAAGAAAAGGAAUAAGAAAAUGUUACAGCCUCAAAUUUGGUUUUCUCCUGUGAUUUAAAAGGAAAAAAAAAUGCUAAAAGACAGGGUAAAAAAAAAAAAAAACAGAAAAUAUUGAAAAAUAGUGUUAUUGGGGAAGGGGUAAUUAUAAAAGGUUUCCGCCCAAUUUAGGGGAAAAAAAAAAAAGCAGAGCACUGGUGUUAAAAAGUUUAGGUCACUGGGGAGGGAAGAAAGUUGGUACCUUAAUAACUUUUGAUUACAUCAGAAAUGAAGGGGAAACGAGAGGAAUCAAUUUCUUUUAAUUCAUUUUGACAUGUAAAUAUCUCUCAGACAUUUUUGCUCUCCCUAAUAUGCCGACAGUGCCUGUGAUUUGUAAACAAUGCAAGAGAAAAUGUGUGUAAUCUUAUUUUCCACUGUGAAUUUCUGUAUAGGAUGAGAUCUCCUCCUCCCCCUUUAUCUGGUUUACUCAGCCCUGUACUUUUCAGUCGAGACCGCUUUGAGUGGAAAUCUGCAGUGAGACAGUCUAGACCUCAGAUAGAUGGGCUCCUAUGUGUCUGAGGAGUUUAUUUUUCCCUGUUUUUAAGUCCCUUCCAAAGCCUCACCAGUGACCUCCAGUUGUCACAGUCCGCUGGCUAUUGUGGGGGGGGCUGACUGACAGGUCAGAGUGAACACGGGCCCAUCGAGAGAAUGCGGCUGGUCUCGUUGCCUGGAGCGAGAGCUGGCUGGGAGUCCUGGAGUAACAGGCUGACUGGCCGUCCCUUCCCUUAAAAGGAGCAGCACAUGGUGGGCCCACGGGGUCGUCCCUCACAACCAUUGCAGGCUCGGCAGCAGCCCUGAAAUGGGAUCCUCCUUUGACGCAGCACAACCACUGGCUCGCAAACUACAGGCUGUCUAUAAUUAUCCUUUCUUUUCCCCCGGGGGAGGUACCUCCAGAGCAGGGAACCAGGGAUGGGUGCGCGAGCAGCAGCGGCCCUGCCACCUUCUGUGUGUGGGAGCUGAAUCACUUCCCGUCCUCUCCUUUCUGGUGCCUGCUGGGACCACGCAGUGUUUGAACCCCUUUUGUGGUCAUGGGAGGAAAGACAGCACGGAGUUCGACUGGUAUGUUAAGCGAGAGGCCAGCAUGUCUGCUAGCAGGAUACCAGUCCCCUUUCGGACUAGGAUUUUGAUUUAUUGUGGAAGCUACAGCUGACUUGAGGCCCCCCCCCACACACACACACACACACACACCAGCUGUGAUGUAGUUGCUAACCACUUUCCCAUUUCUAUGUCUAGCCAAACCUAUUAUUAGCUGUGAAUUCUGAACAUUUUCAGUGUGGCAUUACUAGCAGAUGGGCUAAGCUGUGACUUAAACCUGUCAUCUCUCCUCUACCCUUUCUUGACAUCCUAGCAUCCAGGUUUGAGAGGAGAGAGGUUGUUCUUAAACUUCUUAUGUAAGUGGCAGCUGCUGUGUGUCAACCCCCCCCCCCCCCACCCCAAUUCCUCAGAAGCCCUCACUUAUUCCUGCUCGCUUUAUUGCUGGUGCUGCUGCAGCUCAUGUUUAUACCAGAUAACCAGGAACGUCCCUUAUCUGGCUGGCUCACAGCUCCUGGCUGGUUGGAGAAAAGUCAGAGGAAGGUCAGCCCGGCCUCUUCUGUAGGUCACACCCAGGGGUCAGGGCAUGAUGUGCUGGCUCAGCUGCUGAGCUUUGGUAUGGGAACUGCCAUAGUCUUUUUAACAACAAGUCAGGUGUCGCACACUUUCUCACUCUGGACCAAAGUCUGCUUUACAACCAGCAACUGAAGCAAUCAAGUGCCUUUCACUUUUUGGAGAGUGAUGUCAAUUUUUAAUGGGUUUUUAAUGGCGAUUAAGAGGGAAAGGGUUGGCAAAAAGUUUUGGGUUUUUUUGUUUUGUUUUUUUUUUUUUUUUUUUUUUUUUUUUUUUUUUUUUUCUCUCCUCCCUUUUCAACCCCUUUCAACCCUGUGAAACUUAAUUAUGAUACAGGACUGUCAUCAUUGUAUUAGAUACUGGUUUAUGGGAAAAUACAUACAUUUUUGGGUGGGGAGCAAAAGAACUUUGGUUUGAAUUUGAAAUUUGAGUUUUCGUUGU